UGUGCUACAACUUACGUCGCGGCUUCACUCAACGCCGUUGCGGUUUGCGUGGAGAUGGAGAUGGCAGUUACGACAUGGACACCUCCUCGCGAAUGGCUCUCUUGAACCUCGUCUCUCCCGGCUCUUUCUCCGGCACACCUAGUUUUCCACUUUUCCGGGGUCUUUAUAUGAGGGCGGACCUCCACCUUCGAUCCCACGUCGCUUGCCCUUGAGAUCUCUUCUUCUAUAGAUCGGAAAUUGGAGAGAGGAGGGAACAUUCUUGGGUUUCUCGAGUGUCUCGGGAUCGAGAGGGAGGAAAGGUGCAAGUUUUAUUAGAUUGAUUGAAUCGCUACCCCGGCCUCUCUAAGCCCUAGAAAUCGGCUUUUUUCGAUACUUCAAUAUGAUCUACGCUGUGAAGCAAUCCGCUUUAGCGUUGGGCGCCGCGGAUCUUGUCCGGCCCAAAUCUCUGCUCGCUGCACCUCGAAUCAGCAUCCUUCCGUCCAUAUGUGCUGCCAAAAACUCUAAUUUCCAGCUUUCUACUCGGAAGCCCCUGUCUCUCCCCUCCCUGGAGGGACUUGGUUUCCCGUCGGUCGUGAAGCCUCGCGGUCUCGGGUUCAAGCGCGAGGCCUUCGAAGCCGAUAGGUCGGAGAACAUCGAGAUCUCGCACCAGGAAGCUCGGUCGGCCGCGGGUCAGAAGCUAAGGAUCGGGAUCUACUUCGCCACCUGGUGGGCUCUCAACGUGGUGUUCAACAUCUACAACAAGAAGGUCCUCAACGCAUUUCCGUAUCCCUGGCUCACCUCCACUCUCUCCCUCGCCACGGGUUCGCUGAUGAUGCUCGUCUCCUGGGCCACCGGGAUAGCUGAGGCCCCCGAGACCGACUUUGAGUUCUGGAAGGCGCUUGCACCGGUUGCGGUCGCUCAUACCAUCGGCCAUGUGGCGGCGACGGUGAGCAUGUCGAAGGUGGCGGUGUCAUUUACCCACAUAAUAAAGAGUGGGGAGCCUGCAUUCAGUGUAUUGGUGUCGAGGUUGCUGUUGGGUGAAACUUUCCCUCUGCCGGUGUAUUUGUCACUGGUCCCCAUUAUUGGCGGUUGUGCCCUGGCGGCGGUGACCGAGCUCAACUUCAACAUGACCGGUUUUGUGGGCGCAAUGAUAUCGAAUCUUGCAUUUGUGUUUCGGAACAUAUUUUCUAAGAAGGGGAUGAAAGGGAAGUCAGUUGGUGGGAUGAACUAUUAUGCUUGCCUGUCGAUUCUAUCCCUGUUGAUACUCACACCUUUUGCUAUUGCAAUUGAGGGCCCGCAGAUGUGGACUGCUGGCUGGCAGAAGGCACUUUCACAGAUUGGUCCACAUUUCGUCUGGUGGGUGGCUGCCCAGAGUGUCUUCUACCAUUUGUACAACCAGGUUUCAUACAUGUCCUUGGAUGAAAUCUCUCCUUUGACGUUUAGUAUUGGGAACACCAUGAAGCGUAUUUCUGUCAUUGUCUCAUCCAUCAUAAUCUUCCACACGCCUGUUCAACCUGUCAAUGCGCUUGGAGCUGCCAUUGCUAUCCUUGGAACUUUCCUCUAUUCCCAGGCAAAACAGUGAACCUAAACAAGAUUCGGAAGGUCCUGUAACGAGAGCAGAGCAGGUUUACGCACUCGCACGAGGCGCUUGAAGCAACAGUGUAAUCAGGCCUGAUAUUUACAGGGUCGAGAGCCAAUUUUUUUUGCGUAGAUAGAUGCAUCUAAAUAUUUAGAUCACUAAAAUAAAAGAGAGAGAGAGAGAGAGAGAAGAACUUUUGUUUACUUUUUUGAGUGGGCUCACAAACCUCCUCCUCCUGUGCUUGUGAGCUGCAGUAGAUAUAGUCUGAAAUAAAGGUCUUAAGGUCAUUCUUCUUC